CGAUGGAGACCCUGGAGAGUGACAUGAGCAUGCAGAGAGGGAGAGGGAGAGGGGAGGGGGGAGGAGUGCGGCCCAAGACAAGGAGGAAAGAGGAGAAGAGGGAGGUGUCGCUGGACGCCACGCUGGAGGAAGACAGUGACGUGACCGAUGUCUCCACCCCUCGCGCUGUGAACCAAUCACCUUCCAAGCCAGUAAGUAGGAGGAGCUCCGCUGGAGGGGACGCAGCCAAUCAGAGCCCUGCAAAAACAAGGAGGCCCGCCUCCCACCAACAGACUGCCAGCGAGACGGAGGAUGAGAUGAGGGCCAUUUCUGCCGCAAAAUUAAAGCACAGGCAGAGCCAAUCAGAGUCCUUGCAGACGUCAGACAAAGAGGAGACAACUCAACGCAAGCGCCUCAAGUCCCCCCCACCCCCGCCCCGCCCCAGCAGUCGCGGGUCGCCCACCACCGACCUCUUCCGCACCAGGGAGAGGCGGGACAGCGGAGCCAGUGGGCGGAGCCACAGGAGGGGGGCGGAGAUUGACAGGCAGGACGAGCCUGAGGGGGCGGGGCUUAGACAGCGACAAGGCCCGCCGGCAGACAGACCCAGGUCUCGGCAGGGCAGGGGGAGAGAACCGCCGCUGGUCCUGCCUGGCGACUCGUACAACACGGAGAUCGCUGAGCGGGUCAAGGAGUACGAGUCUCGCAGCGCCGCGUCGUCGGACGUCGAGGUGGGCUCCAGUGUCACGAGGGCGUCCAGCACCAACAGCAACCGGCUCAAAGCCCUCCAAGACGAGAUAGAGCGACUGAAGGAAGGUGUCGCUCAAGCGAACGAGAAAGCUUCCCAACGACCACCCGCCCCUCCCCCUCAGCCCGCCUACCAGCCCCCGCCCCCUCCCCCUCCCUCCCAACCCCCGGGGGCGGUGCAGAACGGGCGGCAGGAGCCUGAGUACUACGACCCCUUCGACGACCCCUACGGGUUCAUGCGCAUGCCCAGACGGCGAGCCAACUCGUUCUCGGGCGGCCGUGAGCGCGAGUGGGACGAGUGGUACUGGACUCUGCCCCAGAACCGACAGUACGACGGUGGGGACAUACCGCUGGGCUACGCGGCUGCCGACGCUUACGCGGAUAACCCGAGGAAUACCCGAGGGGGGGAGAGGAACACGAGGGAGAACGUGAAGAACAGACUGCGGCAGAAACGGAUGGACAGAAGGGCUAGAGGAGAUGCACAUACUGGCUCUGACCCAGCACUAGCGACCCCUGAGUCCGCCCUCCCAUCCACCCAACCCGGGGGCGUGUCAGUGGGCGGGGCGAUGGACGAGCAGACGGCGGCCAUGUACGACUACUACGUUCCGUCCCGCUACAGCGCGCAGGGCAUGAGGCAGCAGCUGGCGGCGCGCGGGUACUUCACCACGCCCAGUGGCGCCAAGAUCUACUCCUCCACAGGUGAAGACGGGGAUAACGAGGAGGAGGAGGAGGAGCAUGUUGUAACUCUGCGCACUGGCCAACAGGCGGGUACCCUGGGAGCACAGACACAGAACAGACCCUGGUACCAGAUCCGCCGCGCCCCCCGACCUUUCUCCGCACAGCCGGGGCAGUUUGCGGGCGGCCUGCAGGGUCAAGGUCAGUACCUGGGAGGUCGGAGGUCACAGUCACAAGAGGAGAUGAGCCACAGCAGCCCGGGCCUGGCUCUCUACGGUCAGACGACCACGGCCUCGCAGGCGUGCCCGAUGUGUGGAGGGGCAAGUUAUCAUACGCAUUCCAACUACGUGCACCAGCCCGCCACGUCUGUCCCUGCUCACACCUCACGCACGUACAGGAG